CCAUGAGGCCCCCCUCCCGUGGGCUCGGGAGCAGCCUUCGGGAUAGGGGUGGGUCUGCGCCUGCGCGCCAGCGUGUGACCGCGGCCGUUGCUAAGGGGCCGGCGCACGCUCCCCCCCGCGACCGCAGGCAGAGCUUAGGCUCAUAGGAAAGGACGAAUUAUGUCUCCCGAAGUUGCCUUGAAUAGAAUUUCUCCUGCGCUCUCGCCUUUCGUAUCCAGUGUGGUCAGGAAUGGGAAAGUAGGAUUGGAUGCUACAAAUUGUUUACGUAUUACAGAUUUGAAAUCUGGCUGUACAUCCUUGACUCCAGGACCCAGCUGUGAUCGGUUUAAGCUGCAUAUCCCGUAUGCUGGAGAAACACUGAAAUGGGAUAUAAUUUUUAAUGCCCACUAUCCAGAGCUGCCACCGGAUUUUAUCUUUGGAGAGGAUGCUGAAUUUCUGCCAGAUCCCUCUGCUUUGCAUAAUUUAGCCUCGUGGAAUCCUUCAAACCCUGAGUGCCUCCUGCUUGUUGUGAAAGAGCUUGUGCAGCAGUAUCACCAGUUCCAAUGUGGCCGAUUGCGUGAGAGCUCUCGCCUCAUGUUUGAAUAUCAGACUUUACUUGAAGAACCGCAGUAUGGAGAAAACAUGGAAAUCUAUGCUGGCAAAAAAAACAACUGGACUGGUGAAUUUUCAGCUCGCUUUCUUUUGAAGUUGCCAGUGGAUUUCAGCAAUAUUCCUACAUACCUUCUCAAGGAUGUGAAUGAAGACCCAGGAGAGGAUGUUGCACUUCUUUCGGUCAGUUUUGAGGAUGCAGAAGCAACUCAGGUUUUUCCCAAGCUGUAUCUGUCCCCACGCAUUGAACAGCAAAUGGGUCUGGCUAACAGAGAGGCAAAAAUAACAAGAAGCUGCCGUAGCCUUAUCAGUACUAAGGCACCCUUCUACAACGUAUAG